GAAACACCCACAGAGCUGCUCACGUGGCUUCCAAUUGUGCAUAACAGUUGAGAAAUCGUUCCUCUAAGAAAAGCAGCCGCUGGAAUAGGACAAGAUGCAGCGGCUGUGUGUGCAAGCGCUGAUCCUGGCUCUGGCUCUGGCCGCCUUCUCGGAAGCCUCCUGGAAGCCCCGCUCCCAGCUGCAGGACGCACCCUCGGGCCCAGGGGCCAAGAGGGCCCUGGAGGCACGUUGGCCGGACCAGCUGGGCCCAGCUCCUCACCACCAAAGGCAGCUGAGGUUCCCGGAUCCCCCACACCGGGUGGCAGACCUGUCCAAGAAGCAGGGGCCGUGGCUGGAGGAAGAGGAAGAAGCGUAUGGAUGGAUGGACUUCGGCCGCCGCAGUGCUGAGGAAGGGGACCAAGAGCCCUAGCACCGAGUUUCAGAGCCCAGCCACCUCCCAGCCCAGCCCAGCCCCAUGGAAAACCAACCCAAAUAAACCCGCUUCCAAUGGAC